CUGACGUCUUUUCAUUGGCCAGCGGAUUUUCGGGGUCGAUGCUAUUAUUUCAAUGAAAAGGACACACACACACCGCCGACAAAUGACUCCUUUUUUUGUGUCCCUGCCUCGACCGAUGCCUUCACGGCCCCUCUUCCUCCAAACGAUAAUCGCUUCCGGGGAACAACACGGACAAAACUGCCCACACUACCUCUUGCACACGAAAAGCGUGGUUCCCUCGCCUCGAGUCUGACGAGAUUGUGGUCGUCGGGCGACUGGAGGAUGCGGUGAGGCGGGCGGAGGAGAAGAUCCGCUUGCACCCCUCCCCGCCCUACGUCGGCCAAAGCACGCCGGAGGAAGAGGACGACGCAACUGCCGACGAGGACGACAACCAGGAGGAGAAGACCAGGGACACCCAAGACAUGGCGGCGCCGAGAGAGGGCGACGAGGCAGUGGCAGCGGUGGCGGCUGCAGCGGCGGCGCAGGCGACGCAAGUAGCGGAUGAGCCGUCUACGGGGGUUGAGGGUGCCAUGAUGGACGACGACGACGACGACGACGACGAUCAAGCGGGAGAAGACGACGAAUCGGGGCAACCAGACUACUGACUGAAAACAGCCAACCUCAACCGGGUUCCCGCCCAGCUAUAGUAGUCCCCUCGCUCGCUUCUGACUGGGUGAUGCGGCGGGCGGAUGGCUGGCUGUACAGGCAGGACAGGACCAUGCUCACAUGCGAUACAGAAGUCGCGAUCUGACGAAGGACGAGUGGAAGCACUACACCGUAUCAGCGUCUGAUUUCUCGUGGAUGCGGCGGACGCUGACAUCAAUUAGGCGUUUCUCAAGUGUUGUGUAGGCGUUGAGCCAGCUCCGGGACGGGUCCGCCUUGUCUCUAUAUGUGCUGUCUGAGGUUCGUUGCAACAUCGAAUUAUAGUGGUUCGUCACACAUUUGUUUUGUUGUGUGGGCAAUGUUGCCGUUUUAGUAUGCGUUGAAAAGGCCGUGCAAAAGGGAGACGGAUCACCCAACCCCGAGGACCAAGCAAUCAGGGGAGUUCCACUUCGGCAAUCCGCGAAUUGGGCCGGGGGGGUCUCUCUUGUGUAUGAUUGUGUAGUUUUUUUUUGUGACACGUCGCUCUUUCGCAGAAGUUGCACGUUUUAUCAAUGAUGGGGGGGACUUGUCUGGGUGAACACGCUUCUUGGCAUGCUGGUAUGACAUUUAUUGAGGCUUGGGGCUGUGCAAAAAUAUUAGGCUUUUGGCCGUGUUCUUGUUGGUUGGUGAAGAAAAACUCGCUGUUCCAGCGCUUGAUUCUUGGCAUUCAGGUAUCUGUUGACGCUUAGGGCCGUUCGUGUAUUGGUUGUCAAAGCACAAGUUGUUGUGCUCGCGCUCAAUUUCCUGGUGUCCCGGUGAGGAGGAGGCGUCUAUCUGUUCAGGAAUAGGAGCGGGGUUCCGUGUCAUAAUCUCUGUGUACCGUACUGCCGUCGUCGUUGUCGACGUCGUGCCUUUUGCCGCCCAUUUUUCCUGCUGUGUCUGAAGAUUGAUUCCAACUCGGUGAGGUGAUAUCCCUCCACCCCCAGUCACCCCCAGUCUAGACGACCUCUAACACUUUUUGCGUGGUUCUCUGAAAAGCCACAGACCC